AUGGCUUCCAAGCCCACAGCUGGUAACGAACAACGAGCGGGCGAUAAAGAGGGAUAUCGCGCGAUGGAAACCGAGUGGGCGAACGGGAGAUUGAAAUGGAUAUCAACGACAGAUAUCAACGCCGUAAAGCGAACGGGCGAAAAAGCGAACAGGCGACAAAGCGAACGGGUGACAAAGCGAACAGGCGAACAGGCGACAAAGCCAACGGGCGACGGAAAGCGAAUGGACAACGGAAAGCGAAUGGUGAAUAAACAGGCGAUCGCGCAUGGGUAAUAGUGAACGGGCGAUAGCUAGCAUGCCGAGCAGCAUUUCCAACAGAGACUUGAAGCCAUUCUUGUUGAGGCGGUCUAA